AACCAUUUAGAUUUAACUAAUACAACUAAAAUUUUCCAUCAAAUUUUUAGUUUUUUUUUUCAUUAUAUAAAUAAAUGGAAGGACUUAAAAUCGCGACGAUUUUCUUUUUUGUUCUUGUAAUUGUCACACACAUCAACAAUGUCAUAGCAAAUAUAGAUACAAUUUUAGGAGCGGAUAAGCAGUUGAAGGCUGAAACCAUCCAAGAAAUCAAUAAGCUAGAUAAAUGCGCAAACAAAUGCAAAACUAAUGGAGAUGAAGAUGCAUGUCGUGUAGAAUGCAUCAAAAAAUCAUUAAAUGGAGCUAGCAAAUUCAAGAAGAAUGAGACUAAAUAUGAAAUGCUAGCAGCUUACAAAAGCUUAUUUUGUAUGUAUGGUUGUCACCAAACUAUGUCUCAAAUAUGCGAAAAAAAGGAUGAAGAAAAAUGUAAGAAAGAUUGCAUUAAGGUAUGCAUCGACCAACCUACACAUGUGCCCGACCCCAAAUCUACGCCCGCACACAAAAGCUCCCACAAGAAGGCUCAUUAACAUGGCUAUGCUCAUUACAAAGUAGAUCAUUGGAGGAUGCAAAAUAUUUGCUGUUAAAUUCCAUUGUAUAAUUAGAAUCUCAAUUCAUAAAGAAUAGUACCAAGUUUAUAAUUUUUAGAUUUAGUUUUUCUUUCUAUUUUAUUUCCUUCCAUGUUGUGUUUUUAUUUAUUUAUUUAUUUAUUUUAUUUUUUUAUACAAAGUUCUUUCUACUCGUGACCUAGUUGUGAGACAGUAACACUUGGCAUUUUAAUUAUUUGCCAAGUGUCGCGUCACGUAGACGACAAAUAGGUAUUAUUGUGACACAUAAGAUGAUAAGAAAGCAAUUUAAUGACAUAAGCAUAGAUAAUUAAUGCUAUCAUCCUAAUAAUUGAUCAUAUCAUUCAGCUAAAUAAUAUCAUUCAGCCAUCAAAAUAUUUAAUCCCAGAACUGAUCCCCGAAUCCGGAUUAGCCC